GUACGGACUCUUUUAAUUUCUUCACAUAUAUAAAGUCGCCAUUUGUGCAGGCCCCUUCUCAAACCUCUAUCCUCCUCUUCCUUCUGAUCUCCUUCUACUAUUAGUAUUUUAUCAACCUGUACGCGAAAGAAAAACAAAAAAACAACUAACAUGGGUGAGCUACAAUCAACGCAACAACCACCACAGGAUGGAUCACAUCUCGCCGCUCCACAAGCACCUUCUCAAGUCCACAUAAGCUCAUCCCCAAGUGUCGAUAAAAACCUUACCUUUCUGCCACAGCAACAGCAACCACAUCGCCAUCACCACCACCAACGUGGCCGUACAGGGCCUCACGCUCACAGCGGCGCUACUAGCCCCCAUUCCGCACCCGGCUCUAGGGCAACAUCACGCUCGCGCAUCUCCAGACAUAACUCACACUCGCAUUCUCGGCCGAGUUCCCGUCCAGUCUCAUGGCUGAUCCAUGCCAACUCCGAGUACACUUCCAUGUAUGACAACUACGGAGGCACCCGAUCCCGGAGGAACUCAUACGUGGGCGAAGAUGGUUUCUCGGCAGCAGAGAAGGGUGUACAUGGCAGGGUUUCGCGCAAGUCUUCGUAUGCUGGAGGGCUCUCUACUGACGGCUCGAGUGAGAAGCAGACAAUGGACUCGACUAGGCCAGAAAUGCUACUGCAACACUCUUCGACAACUAGCUCUUUUACUCUCAAGGAUAUUGGACAAGGCUUAGACCAGCAUGCGGCCCCUCGAGGAAAUGUCUCGGCGCUCAAGGCUAGUUUCUUGCUCGGAAAGGCGUUCGUUGGCACAGGUGUCCUCUUCCUUCCCAGUGCUUUCAAGAACGGAGGGAUCUUGUUCUCCUGCUUGAUGUUGGCAGCCGUGGCGUUAAUAUGCUGCGUUGCUUUCCUGCUGCUCGUCAAAGUGCGUCUCGUUGUCCGCGAGAACUUUCAGGACAUGGGUGCAGUCCUUUUUGGAAAGUACAUGCGUUUGGCGGUCCUGAUCUCAGUGGCUAUCUCACAAAUCGGCUUCGUCUGCGCCUACUUGAUCUUUGUAUCCGAGAACCUGUUCGCUGUCGUCCAGACCUUCACUAAAUGCACGUUCGAUGGGAUUUCCGAAAAGUAUUAUAUUCUAAUCCCAUUGGUGGUGCUGAUUCCCUUGGUCCUGAUCCGCCGCAUGGCUGUCCUGUCUGUGCCAAGCAUGCUCGCCAACCUGUUUAUCAUCUUUGGAAUCGUCUAUCUCUGGUACUACUCCAUCAACAGCCUGGUCCAUCGUGGCGUAGGACCCAACAUUGGGCUAUUUAACAAGGAUGACUUUGCGCUGUUCAUCGGCACGGCAGUCUUUUCAUUUGAAGGCAUCGGCCUGAUCAUUCCUAUCACAGAGUCCAUGGCCGAGCCAGAAAAAUUUCCUCGCGUGCUCGCCAUCACCAUGACCAUCGUCGCCUUGAUUUUUGGCAGUAUCGGUGCCCUCUGCUACGCAAGUUUUGGUAGCGAUAUCCAGACGAUCGUACUCCUGAACCUACCCAUCCGCGACGGUAUGACCAUCACCGUCGAAAUCCUUUAUUCCCUCGCCAUCAUCCUCUCCGUCCCGCUGAUGCUCUCGCCAGCCUCACGUAUAUUCGAGUACGGUAUUUUCGGCGAUAAAUCUGGCGGCCAGUUCUUCAAGGUCAAGAUGCAGAAGAAUGCUCUUCGGAUCGUCCUGAUUAUUUGCUGUGCGCUCUUAGCGUUCGGGAUUGGUGGACCUAAUCUGGACAAGUUUGUAUCGUUCGUCGGCAGCGUCGCCUGCAUGCCUCUGUGUUUCAUCUUCCCAGCGAUGUUCCAUUACAAGGCUUGUGCGACAACGAUGAGGGCCAAGGUGUUAGAUAUUGCGCUCGGCAUCUUUGGGGCCGCAGUGAUGGUGUUUACGCUGUACAUUACAAUCCGCAGCUGGGUUGUGCCUGGCACGCAUGUGACGCCGUUGGAUCGGUGCACUGCAUUCGCAUAGAUCAUCCACGAUCAGACCUAGACACCCAUGUAUAAUAGACUAUAAACUCCAAUACUACUCUAU